ACGGUGAAAUGGGGAGUGGAGCAAGUGCUGAGGAUAAGAGGUCCAAGGAAUUGGAAAAGAAGCUACAAGAAGAUGCAGACCAGGAGGCAAAGACAGUCAAGCUGCUACUGCUAGGUGCUGGCGAGUCAGGCAAGAGCACAAUUGUCAAACAGAUGAAGAUUAUCCAUCAAGAUGGUUACUCAAAAGAAGAAUGUAUGGAGUUCAUACAUAUCAUAUAUGGCAACAUACUACAGUCCAUCCUGGCCAUCAUCAGAGCCAUGAUCACUUUGGGGAUGGAUUAUGGCGAACCAGGCCGAGCGGAUGAUGGACGACUGCUGUUCAACUUGGCUGACUCCAUUGAAGAAGGAACCAUGCCCACCGAGCUGGUGGAAUGUAUAAAGAGGCUCUGGAAAGAUUCAGGUGUUCAGGCCUGCUUUGACCGGGCAGCGGAGUACCAGCUCAAUGACUCUGCUUCAUACUACCUGAAUGAACUGGACAGGAUCACAGCUCCCCAUUACCUCCCCACUGAACAAGAUGUACUGCGAUCACGAGUUAAGACCACAGGUAUCAUAGAGACAAGAUUCUCUGUCAAAGACCUUAACUUCAGGAUGUUUGAUGUGGGUGGACAGAGAUCGGAGCGCAAGAAAUGGAUCCACUGCUUCGAAGGAGUGACCUGCAUCAUUUUCUGCGGGGCUCUCAGUGCUUAUGACAUGGUGUUGGUAGAAGAUGAUGAAGUGAACCGCAUGCAUGAAUCUCUGCAUCUGUUCAACAGCAUAUGCAAUCACAAGUUCUUUGCUGCCACCUCCAUUAUUCUCUUCCUGAACAAGAAGGACCUCUUUGAGCAAAAGAUCAAGAAAGUACAUCUCAACAUUUGUUUCCCAGAUUACGAUGGCCCCAAUACAUAUGACGAUGCAGGCAACUACAUCAAGCAUCAGUUCCUUGACCUGAACAUGAGAAAAGAUGUGAAAGAAAUCUACAGUCAUAUGACCUGUGCCACAGACACACAGAACGUCAAAUUUGUAUUUGAUGCAGUGACGGAUGUCAUCAUCAAAGAAAAUCUCAAGGACUGUGGUCUCUUCUAAGACUUCAGCUUUUCAAACAGGAAAGACUUCCAGUUAGCUUCACUGUUCUGCUAAGCAGAGCCAACGGAGAAAACAAAAGUCACUAAAGCAAAAAGAG